AGGACAGUUUUUUUGCUUGGGAACAAAACGUGUGGAUGUGCCAUGGUUAACAUAGUAUUAGAGUUUACACCGUAGAAAUUCAUGUUCAUGCGAUAAUUAACUUGUCACAUAAGUUAUUUAUUUCUACAAUAAUAAAAACACGCGAUCUUUGAUUUAAGUUGGAGUAAUCUUCAUAAAACGAUGAAGAAGAAAGUUCACAGGGGAGAGCCGUUGCCGGGGCAACAGUCGUCUGACUACGUGGUGGGUCAGGUGUCAGGAAGUUUGUUCCAGCAGAACUCUGCAGCCACUGGUUCGCUGUCAGCGUUGUUCAGCACCGCUGCUCCAGCUGCAUCUGUUCUGUUUCAGCCUCCACCAAAGCCCAUCCAAAAGAGCUUAAAAACAGAGGAGCAGCAGAAGGAAAGUCCAGAGGUCAAAGGUGGACCACAGCAGAAGAAGGAGAAGAAAGCAGUUAGGGAGAAAUCAGUAGCUGACCAGAAGCUGGAGAACAGGGAGUGCAGUUUACAGGAGGCAGACAAUGACGAGCGAGGGCAGGGGAGGUCAGUGAAGAAGAGGAAGAGGAAGGUGUCGGAGUCGGACAGAGAGAAGGAUGCAGAACACUGGGUGCUGAAGCGACAGAAGAUGAAGGCCAUCAGGAAUGAGGAGGCCUUAAAGAGGAAGAGGACGGUGUUUGUGGGCAACCUGCCCGUCAGCUGCACCAGAAAGAUGUUGCGGAGUCUCUUCAGGGAUAAAGGAUCCAUUGAAUCUAUCCGCUUUCGCUCCCUGGUCCGAGAGGAUCCCUCCAUGUCUCGGAAAGUCGCAGCUAUCAAACGUAAAGUCCAUCCUCAGAAGCAAAGCCUGAAUGCCUACGUGGUGUUUAAAGACGAGGACGGAGUCCGCAAAGCUUUGGAGAGGAAUGGAAUGGAGAUUGAGAAGGACUUCUUCAUCCGGGUGGACAGAGUGACCGACAGCUCAUCACACGAUCACAAACGUUCGGUUUUUGUGGGGAACCUUUCGUUCGAGAUAAACGAGCUGGCAAUACGAAGGCAUUUUGAGGAGUGUGGAAUGGUGGAAGCAGUGCGGCUGAUCCGGGACCAGAACUCUGGACUGGGAAAAGGAUUCGGCUACGUCCUGUUUGAGAGCGAGGACUCUGUGCUGCUGGCACUGAAACUGAACGGCUCCAAGCUGGAGGGCAGGUCAAUCCGCGUCAAGAGGUCUGUGAAGAAGGAGAAGCAGAAUAAAACCAGCAGCAAAGGAACCACAAGAAAACCCAACAAGAGCCCUGUGAAGGGUUCAGGACGUGAAACGGAACCUGGUCGAGGAGGGUUCAAGCCCCCCAAAAGUUCCACCUCGUUCAAAGGAGUGAUGGUGGAUCCAAGCAAAAAGACUAAAAAGAAAGGACUGAAGAAGAAGGUGAAGCCAAGCAAGAAAGUUCAUAUCUGAGUUUGAGGGAAAAUUAAACAUGUCAGAAAUAAAAUCGUCCUGGUUCCA